CUCCAAACAAAACCGGAAAUGUGAAUUCGUGGGUUUCCGUCCUUCGUUCGCUUCCAUGUUCGAUCUUACUUGACUAAAGUUCAAAUGUGGAUUCUCACAUACAAACUUGAAUGUUUACCGCGGUUCAUACGGCUAUAGGAUUAUGGCGGCUGCACAGGUCGCCUGGUGCAGCGACGAUGAUGAGCUGUGUCCGGCGAUGUUCGUCGAGUCCCAGCUGGAUACGCCAGACGCCGAAAUCCUCGAUCGGGGAAAGCUGCUCGAGAAUCUACUUACAAUAUCGAACUCGGGGACGCCAGUGAUUCAAGAGCGGACUGAGUACCCAUGCCCACUCUGCCGAGGCACCUUCCGUGCCCUCGGCGACCUGGUGAUGCACGAGUGCCCCAAGGAGAAGCCAUCCCAGUCCCUGCUCACUUGCUGCUUUUGCGGCUUUGCCACUGAGCAGACUACUGUUUUCAGGGCCCACCUAGAGUUGCACAUCAAGCCAUCGUUGCGGUGUGGCCACUGCAACCACACGUUCCCGAGCGAGGCUGUCCUACUGCAGCACCUGCAGUUGCACGGGUCCAGUUUGCCUCUAGAGCCCCUGGCUGCCAUCAACAGUACAUCGCCGUACACUGCCUACUUGACCCCACAGACAACUCCUAUUUUGGCUAACAAUAAUGGUACCCUCUGCGUUAUCAACACGCCAACUUAUGUGGUGCCAGUGCUGGAAGAUUACCACUCGAGGUACACAUGCACUUUGUGCAACGCCAUGUUUCACCGGCUGAGCCUGUUGGCGGCACACGGUCUCAAGCAUUCUGAGUAUCCAGAUAUCCACAUCCAGGAGAACCUCCUGCUGCCAGGCAGGGGCUCACAAGAGCCAUUUGGAGCGCUCAUGUGCUCUCAAUGCUGCGUCGUCUUCACCCACCCGGUGGCCCUGGCAGCCCACUCAUGCAACUGCAAGGAAGGAGAGGGCAACGUGACCAGCCCUUCUCUUCUGGUGGGGCCGCAGAACGCACCAUCACUGCAGCUCAUUGACCCGCAGUCACUGCAACAGUCACCCCAGCAGCCGUCCUCAGCAGCAGGCCCAAGCCCCGUGCGGCUGUACUGCUGCCCGUACUGUCCCUACACUUCCUACCUGCUGGCCAGCCUCAUCAGGCACAAGGAGAUACACUUCUCUCACCGGUGCAGUGAAUGCUCUGUCCGGCUCCCCACGCUGCCUGCCCUCAUACAGCACAAGCAAAAGAUGCACCCCAGUGCUCCUGCCUCGGUGACGCCAACGACACCAGCCUCAUCAGUGCCCCCGGUGAACAAUAAUGGCCCGUACAAACGAGGGCGGCCAAGGAAGACGCAGGAGGAAAUUGAGAUCGACAAAAUGGGACGCAUAUGGCACUGCAAGACUUGCGGAGUCAGUCUGCGGAAAGGUGCCGAGGACGCUGCCACCCACAAAUGUACAAUGUACCGGUGCCCUCACUGUUCAUUUGAAACUCACAAGCCUAAUGGCCUCAACAUUCACAUCAACUUUGCUCAUACUUUCCGAUGCCAGAGGUGCUGGAAAACUUUUGUGACGAAACAAGAGCGGACGUUGCACUGCACCUACUCGUGUCCCCAAAGGCCAUUCAAAAAUGUCACAGAAGAUGACAUCCCACUGGCGGUGCUCAAGCAGCUUUCCGAGCAAAAGUCCAACAAGCAGCGGGACCCUGUCCACCCGUCCAAAAAGCCAUCUGAGCACCCUUCUGAACAUCAGUCUGGAAACACUUCGAAGCACGAGCACGAGUGCCAACCCGAAAAGGAUCCUGGUGUUGCAGACGAAGCAUAUACAAGGAAGAGGGGCCGCCCUCCAAAAAAUAGACCUCAGGGGACAUUAACACUUCCUCAGCCAGCCCACGCAGAACCCAAAGCUGUUACCAGAAAACGUGGAAGACCCAGAGGAAGGCGGAAAUAAGAAACUUAAGAGGUGCUGCUGGGACAGAGCUGCUCCUGAGCUGAGCUGCGUCCCUGCGCUCCAAGUCUGCUGCCAUCAUUUGCAAGAACUCUCAACAGGGUUGGCAUUGCCAGUGCUGCUCGAACACUCUCUUGUGAUACAUUGACACCCGCCUGUUUUCAAGCUUAUCAGAAUACGUCCGUCACGUGCACUCCUUGUCAACACACCUUGAAAGUGACCAUCACUAAUGGCAUGGGUUGAUAAUUCUCUACAUUUGAUCAGCGGACCACACCUGAGGUGCUCAGCAGUGCAGACUUCAAGCAUUCCCUCGCGUUCUGGGCAGCUAGCUUAAGGCCAUUUUUCUGUGCUUUCUGCUCGUCUUGUGGUUUGCUGAUACAGCCUCCUUUAAUCUACAGCCCAUUGCACUGAUUCAACUUCAGAGUGUUGUUUGAAGUUCAUUUGGUUCUUUGUCCACCUGAUGUGGCGAGUGAGAAGGUGGCAGUUGAUUUCUCCAGGGCUUGACAGCCGCAGAUGAGUAGAAGGCAUGUGAAAAUGGCCCUCACGAUGCAAUUUACCAUUGCAGGAUGCCAUUGCAAAAAGGAAAGUGCUAAAGAACUUGUGGUUUGUAGCAUUUUUCAAUGAUGCACACCAGUUACUGCUGAACAGUCCAAAAUUGUUGCAUUUAUUGUGGAAUUGCUUAUUAAAGAAUUAACUUUGUUUAUUCUGCCUCAAAAAGUGCACAGACCCACUGCUGACUUAUCGAGCACACAUACUCAGUGAAGUAUCAGCAAUUUCCUGCUCAAGUACCACUUCUGCACUAGUUACAUUCAUUACCAGUAAAGCAGACAGGGUCAAUAUGGUGAUCAUUACACGCCAUGGCUAAUUUGUUACAAAAACAUUUGGCAUACUAUGAACUUAAUAACGUGGUAACUUUCUGCUUAGCUGUUGUCAAAAUCUGAAUUCAAAACUCAAAUUUGAAGACCUAAUUACAACUACAACGAUACUCAUUGCCCUUUCAGUGGAGCACAGCCAACCAAUUUACCCCGGUCAGAGUUCACCACUGGGAAUCAGGAUCAGGUGCUUUGCUUGUAGUAGUGCAGGGAUCAUUUAGCGCUGUUUGUUUUGCGCCCUUCUUUCAAUUUUAAGCCACUCGUAGGAGGUAGUCGAUAGACACAAUUUUGUCCUUGAUACAUGACGCAUGCCGCAUUCUUCCACGAAGAUUCAAGGGACAGGGACAUGCAUGUAUCUGCACUGCUGUCUGCUUAAUCAGGGAGUCGAGGCUGUGCAUUAAUCGAAGUGAACAUGCUAAUGAUGAAACAGGGGUACAGUUCCUGAGCCAAGCCAGAGUAGGCCUAAGCUGGCAACUCCAGAUGUGUGGAUUACAUUCUAUACAUCAUCCAGCGAGUGCAAUUGUCGUCAGGGCAUUGACAGGGAGCCAGCCGAUUGGCCAACAUUGUAUACACUGCUGUCGUUGUAAUCAUCUUGUGUGUGUGAAUAAUCUGCAGUGUCAUAUCAUCGCCCUUCUUUUUCAUGUAACGCUAACCUACUCUGCUGAUAAAAUCAAGCGUGAAUGCCUGUACAUAGCUCUUCUUUGUCUUUAUGGACACUAUGGCGUUUUUCUGUGUGCGUGCGUGCGUGUGUGCAUGUUCGGUGAGGUGCACGAAUGUUGGCGACAGCACAAGUACUGCAAGACUGUGUGACAGUGGCCACAUUACGAUAGAUUGUGCUGUGGCAAAAGCAAGAAACUAUUUUUUUUAUGGUUAACGAUACGGAGAUGUACAAGUGUCAAAGAGUAACAUGUAAUAAACAGGCAUGGACAAAGAAAAAUUUACCCGUGGCCAGCUCGUGAAAGGCAAAAGUGGCAUACUGAGAAGGUUCAUAAGAGGGAACAAGUACUGCAGUCAACUUCCAUUGAUUCAACCUUAUUUGGACAUGCAUAAUUGAUUUGGUCUGCCUGAACGUGGAACUACAGUAUAGACCACUUAUAACGUAACUGCUUAUAGUGUAGGACCGGAUAUAGUGCGGUCUUUUCAGACUCCCGUUAAUUUUCCCAUAGCACUCCCUGUAUACACGUAUCACUUAUAGUGCAGUUGCGGGAAACGAAAUACCGGUUACAGUGCGGCUGCCUGGGAGUACGGAAGUCAGCAGAGACGGCGAACGCUCCUCUCAAACGGGCGCCCCAAGGAGUGGAGGAGAAGGGCACGUGGUGCGAACGAACAGCCAGUGAGGCUGAAACCAGAAUCUUGAGUGCAAGUCGUGAAAUAUCACGGCGCGCAUAGCGAGCGAGGGCCACGAAACAGCCAACCCUCGCUUCACGAUAACGGCAGUAAACGAAACUUCAGCGAGCGAGCGGGCGGCGCCCGCACGGCACGGCGAAGGGUGCACGCGGAGACCGUGAAAUGUGAGGGAGGAGGGUGGCAGGGAAGCGAAUUUCGCCUCGGCAACUCCGCUGCUUCGGUGGCUCCCCUCACCCUCCUUCCUAGCUCCCUCACUUUCGACUGUCACCCUGCGCGCCCGCCGCUACAGCCGGCCCGGCGCCAGCUCCCCGAAGUUUCGUUUUCUGCCGUUAUCGGGAAGCGGGCGUUUGCCGGCGUGGGUAGUUUCGUCGGCCGGCCUGGGACAGCGCUGCUUCCCUCUGCGCUGUAGCCGCAGCGUGCAAGGUCAACACGUGACUAGAAAGUAGAGGAAGCAUAAAGGAGCAAGAAGGGUUCACUGCCAUUUUCUACGCGUGGCUACGGAAGCGUGGCUGAGACGUCGGCACGUACACGCAUGUUCCGACGCAACGCAGAAUCGGCGACCUUGCCAUUUGAGAGAGGGUAAAAUGUCCGCCGUGUUUUUUUUUUUUUUUUUUGUUCGCACGCGACAUUGAGGGGUCUCCCCUAAGCUUUUACUCUAUGGUGGUGCCAGAGCAAUGCUGGUCGGAGGCGCCGCCGCGUGAUUUGGUUCAAAUUAACGAGAUUCGACUGUAAAUUGAAUUCUAGCCGCAUUCCUCGACUGUCGCAUACGCGUGGCGGCUCGGUGCACGUUUUGCAUAUGUGCAGGCCUUGAAAAUUGUUGCUUUGGUUAUAGUGCGUACCGCUUGCUUAUAGUGCGGAUAUUCGCGACUCCGGCGACUUACGUUAUAAGCGGUCUACACUGUUCAUGGCUCCUCUGAAGUUCUUGUCAAACUGGCAUUCUAACAUAUCUGAUGUUGUAAGACCCGCACCUUCAACUAUUUCUUUUUUUUUUCCCACAGACAAGCACUCGCAUCAGCGUGUCUGCUAAAACAGGCUAAUUUUAGCAACAGCAACAAUGGGGGUGACGAUACGUAUCGUCACCCCCGUUGUUCCUUAGUGACCCGUUAGUGGUUGUAUGUUCUGGGGUCAUGUUGUGAGAAUGCACUGCAGUAAGUGUGAUGUACUCAGUCUCGGCAUGGUAACCAUAAACGUAGCUUGUGGUUUGAAAAACACUAGGAAUAAAAAGGCCAACACAAAGCAAGUUGGUAGGGAUUCACGAUUGAAACCACAAAUCCCUAUCAACUUGCUAACCUUAAAUUUUUGAAAAGAAAAGCUCAGAUGUUACAUGAGAAAUGAUUCACUAGAGGUGAUAUCAGACAGUGGUCUGCACUUGUGCUCAUACAUAAAUGCUGUACUAAUAAUUCCACGAUACUGGAAGUGACUGCUUCUGCAUUCUAGAAGUCUUUAUUACAGAUGUAUUACUGUGCCAUGAGGCAACAUCGUUAUUUCAACCUAGGAAUAUCAAAAGAUGAUGAGUGUGAAGGUGAAUGUUCUGGCAGGAAGUCUACUGGCAUAAAAGGCAAGGCAAAGAACAAAAAGAGCCGGCUAGAAGGUGCUGUCGUUCAUUGUUAAAUUAAGCCCAUAAAAAAAAAAGAAAAAAAGUUGCAGUGCCAACUAUCCUUUUUCCAUCUCUCCUUUCCUUUCAUUGUUUAAUUUUGUCAUAAUAACGUCGACUCAAAAUCUCCACGGGACCUCUAGAAGCAGCUUCAUGAUGUUUACCAUCUUAAAGGCCAGCUGCAGUAAAAUUUUCACUUUGGCUAAAUCAUUUAUAAAUGAGUAGUAGGAUGUGCUAUUGAAGCAAUCUUGACUAAGCUGCAGGGCUGACAAUUGUCGAAUAUUCCUAUUGGUGGCCAAAUAGUGCCGAUGGUAACAGCAGCGUUGUUGUGGUUGCAAAGGUGGACAGAACUGUCCACCUUUGCAAGCUUUUCUUGAUACAGCCACUCAUUUAAAAAGUAAAAUUUUGCAUGGAGGCUGUUUCUGUAAAUAGCCUUUUUAUGCUGUCCACAAUUUUUCUCCACUUGGCCUUUAAGAGGCUGCCACGCACUUUCAAGAAGAGACAUUGUUCUUUAUAUUUUUACUGUAAUUGCAACAGCAUGAUCUUGGAAAUAUUGGUGGAACCUCCAACAGCAAUUUAAUCUGUUAGGACAUUCAACAAGUGGCACACAUAGCAUAACCGAGAGAAAGAAGUGCAUACAUCUUCCGGCAGCAGUCGUAGGACGCACCCGCAUGCAUUGCCUUAAAUUUUUUUUUUUUUUUU